AUGGAUCCCCAACUCAAGGUCAUCCUCAACGAGAUCCAGAAGUCCAAGGAGGAUUUCAAUUGCCGAUUCGACGCACACGACGAGCAGUGGAUGGGUCGGUUCGCCAAUCUCGACCGCGCCCGCGCCGACCACGCCGCCAUCGUCGACAAGCACUUUGACGCCCUAGAGUCCACAUGCCCGACCUCACCUUCGACAUCGACAAGCGGGUCGCCGAUCUGGAAGAUCUCUCGCGGUGGUAAACUCCUCACCGAUGGCUCCGACCGCAUCACAGCUCUCGAGGUCACCACCACGGAUCUCAGUACCUGGCGCCCGGAGAUCGAGGCCCUCGUGGAUGAUCUGAAGCUCGAGGUGAAGAAGCUCUCCUAG